ACUGCGACGAAGCGAUAGCGCGACCGAGGCGAUGUCAAAACGAAUGGCUGUGACGGAUUAUAAUUAUGGAUCGUGUAGAUAGUAAACAGUCGUACGUACAACAGCUGUGAGCCUUUAUCUAGUCCGAGAUAAAUGAGGAUUAUCACGGGUAGCGUGUCACGAUGAAAAUUGAUCGCUGAAGCGACUCGAUUAAUUUUCAAGGGACAUCGAGGCUGGCGGAAAGAAAUUAUGCCUCGGAAACUCUCUCGUGACAGCUCGAUGAAGUAGCGGUGCCUCCUAGGUUAUGUUGUUCUGUCAAAGUGUUCGUCGCCUAUCGAAGGAUUCGUCGCCACGUAGAGAAGAAUAAGAGAUAAUAUAAUAUGGGCGAUCAUAUCGGCGAUAACAUAUUGAUCCCGCAGGUCGACAACGUCGUGUUGAUCGACAGGAGCGAUGGCAGUAACAAGAGCAUGGAUGGGACACUAUGCAUCAGUGGUCAUCAUCUCAUCUUAUCUUCUAGGCAGGACGACGGGCAGGAGCUCUGGUUGAUGAACCGUAACAUCGACGUUGUAGAGAAGAAACUGAACACCCAGAGCCCAGGCGGUAGCAUAAUAUUGAAAUGCAAAGACUUUCAGAUUCUUCAGUUAGAUAUUGGUUCCACUAAUGAUUUAAUGAAUGCCAUAUUAUCCAUAGAAAAGCUGAUAUCAUUAGAUCAGACUCUACAAUAUCCAUUCUUCUAUCGACCACAGACAACCAACAAUGUCAUGGUACAAGUAGAGGAUGGAUGGACAGCGUUCGCACCUGUCUCUGAGUGGUCCAGAUUGUUGGCGGCACACGGGGAUGAGUGGCGCAUUAGUUAUUUGAAUAGAGACUAUAAGGUGUGCAAUUCAUAUCCAUCGGCGGUCAUAGUGCCACGUCAGGUGGAUGACAAAGUUGUCGUAGCUUCUGCUAGCUUUAGAGACGGCGGAAGAUUCCCUGUUUUAUGUUACAGACAUGAGGGAGGGAGUAUACUGUUGAGAAGCAGUCAGCCAUUAUGCAGUGCUACUGGUAAAAGAUGUAAGGAAGAUGAAAGACUGUUGAAUGCAGUUUUAGGUCCGGGAAGACGUGGUUACAUAGUGGAUACGAGAUCCAUUAGUCAAGCACAGAGCGCCAGAGCCAAAGGUGGAGGCACGGAAAUGGACAUUGCUUAUCCACAAUGGCGAAAAGUACAUAAACCAGUUCCUCGACCGCACGAUUUAGCAGAUAGUUUCUACAAGUUAAUAGAAGCUUGCAACGAUGUGAAUAGUUCUACUUCGCAGUGGCUAUCGCGAUUGGAUAGCAGUGGAUGGCUAACUGCUGUACAAAGUGCUUUAAACGCAGCUUGCGUUACCGCGCAAUGCCUGCAUCAAGAAGUCGCAGCUGUGCUAGUGCAUGGCAGCACAGGUAGAGAUUCUACAUUAGUGGUAACUAGUUUAGCCCAGGCGAUCCUGAAUCCUGAUUGUCGGACGGUACGAGGACUCCAGGCACUCAUAGAACGCGAAUGGUUGCAAGCGGGCCAUCAAUUUUUCAGCCGAACCCGUUGUGGAGCGUAUCAGUCCUCGAGCUCGCAGAAUCCAACGCACGCGCCGACCUUCUUACUCUUUCUCGAUUGCCUGUAUCAGUUGCAUCAUCAAUUCCAAUUCAGUUUCGAGUACACGGUAGAUUUACUUAUCAGAUUGUAUAAGCACGCCUAUUCUUCAAACUAUGGUACAUUUUUAGGUGAUUCGGAAGCGGAGAGAAUAAAACUACGAUUAUCGGAACGAACUUAUAGCUUGUGGUCGUAUAUGAAUCAACCGGACGUUUUAGAACAGUGGAUAAAUCCGUUGUACGAACCGAAUCCCGGAGUGAUCUGGCCCAGCGUCGCACCAAUCAGUAUUAAACUAUGGAGGGAAUUGUAUCUGGCACAUACGAACGCAGCUUCGUGGGAUGGUAUGCUUUCUUACGCAAAGCAGAUCAAACAGAAUCACACGGCGGUGCGCAAGGUGGCCGGACAGUUGCAUGCGCAGAUCAAGCAAGCGUUGGAGGAGAUUCGGUCAGAUCCGGAUAUGUCGAGAGGGGACGCGGACGGUCAGGAAGAGCAUCCUCGUAUCGCGCAAUUGAGUCUAGAGUCCCAGAGUACUUGAUAUAGAUUUGUAGAAACCGAGAAAAUCUAAAGUCCGCACUGCUGUUCAACGAUCUUGUCAAUAUGCCUUCGAUUAUAUAAUACCACGUUAGCUCGUAAGAAUCAACUGUCUCCGCGAAUAGCCUGCCACGAAUGCCGAAGCCUUCGUAAUCAUGAAUUCUCGAUUAAUUCUUUUUCUUAAUAUUUCUCUCUGAGAUUACAAAAAUAUAUAUAUCUAUUCAUCUAUUAAAAAAAUGGCUCUACUGGUUUUAUAAAGCGGAUUACAUCUGCUGAUAUAUAAAGUCAAUCUUGUAUAUAUCUAUAUGUGUGUAAAAGAUAUCUCCCGUAAUCGACAUACAUCACAUUAUGCUCUUCGUCUGUAUAGGAAAAUUUGCAUCACGAAAAACGUGUUUUGUGUAAACGAUUCAAACAACACGAGAUGAAUUGUGAUAUUUUUUAUUUUAUAAAACGCACAUAACUUGUGUGUAUCGCAUGUAAUAAUCUUAACAGUGCAUAUAUUACAUAUAAUAAUUUAUCAAUUAUUAUAUAUAAUAUAUAUAUCAUUUCC